AUGUCUUCGCCGUCUUCUUCGGUGGGGCCCCGCGGCCCUCGCCCCCCCGCCGUGCCUCCCCCCAUGCAGCAGCUGCCCGACCUGAGCCACCUGACAGAAGAGGAGCGGAACAUCAUCAUGGCAGUGAUGGACCGGCAGAAGGAAGAGGAGGAGAAGGAAGAGGCCAUGCUCAAAAGGUUGCACCAACAAUUUGAAAGUUACAAAGUGCAAGUAAGAAAAAUAGGUGAAGAAUCCCGCCGUUACCAAGGAGACCACAAGGAUGACACACCAAUGUGUGGAAUCUGUCACAAAACAAAGUUUGCUGAUGGUUGUGGCCAUUUAUGCUCCUACUGCCGGACGAAGUUUUGUGCCAGAUGUGGAGGUCGUGUUUCCCUUCGAUCAAACAAUGAGGACAAAGUGGUUAUGUGGGUAUGCAAUUUAUGCCGAAAGCAACAAGAGAUCUUAACAAAAUCUGGAGCGUGGUUUUUUGGAAGUGGUCCGCAACCGGCUCCCAGUCAGGAUGGAACAUUGAGUGAUACAGCUACUGGUGGCAGUUCAGAUGCACCUAGAGAAAAGAAAGCAAGGCUUCAAGAACGGUCAAGGUCCCAAACACCCCUAAGCACAGCAGCCGCUUCUUCACAGGAAAUAGCCUCUAUUGUGCAGCCUGACAGAAGGAAAGGCAUAGAGCUAUCACAGCAAGCUAUGGACCUGGAGCAGAAGCAAACUUCAUCAAGAUCUAGAAGCGAACCCCCAAAAGAGAGGAAGAAAGCAUCCAUGGGUUCUGAACAGAAUGGGAAAGGAGGUCUAAAAGGUGAGCGCAAACGUGUGCCCAAAUCCUCACUUCAGCAGGGUGAAGGACAAGCAGAUGAGAGGGAAUGUAAAGAAAGACGUGAUGGUAGAAGAUUAGAGAAAGGGAGGUCUCAGGACUUUCCAAAACAAUUUGAGGAAGGCAAGGCUAUAGAGGAAGAGAAGCAAAGGAAAGAAGAUGAAUAUCACACUCGAUACAGGAGUGAUCCCAAUCUAGCAAGGUAUCCUGUGAAACCACACCCCGAGGAGCAACAAAUGCGUAUGCAUGCAAAAGUUUCAAAAGCGCGGCAUGAAAGAAGACACAGUGAUGUUGCCUUGCCACAUACAGAAGUCGAGGAAUCUGAGGUAUCUGAGAAUAAACUAGGAAAUCAAUCUCAGUUGCAAGGAACUCAGGACACAAAAUCUCACUUGGAUACUCAGAGAGCAUACUCGAUAGAAAGAACAGGUGAUGUAAGAAUUUCCAUUUCUAAACAAUUAGCUAAUCAUAGCCCAUCAACUCCCAGGCAUAGUGUGCUUCCUCCAGAGCACAUAGAAUCAAAAAACCAUGAUCCCUUUCAAAAAAACCUAGAUCCUAGCUCUGCUAUUCUCAUUCGGAAAGCAAAGCGGGAGAAAAUGGAGACCAUGCUAAGGAAUGAUUCCCUUAGUUCUGACCAGUCAGAAUCAGUGCGACCAUCUCCUCCAAAGCCUCAUAGAUCGAAGCGAGGUGGAAAGAAAAGGCAAAUGUCAGUCAGCAGCUCUGAGGAAGAAGGAGCGUCAACACCUGAAUAUACCAGUUGUGAUGACGUGGAAAUAGAAAGUGAAAGUGUCAGUGAAAAAGGUGACUUGGAUUAUUACUGGCUGGAUCCUGCCACGUGGCACAGUAGGGAGACAUCCCCUAUUAGUUCGCACCCUGUAACGUGGCAACCAUCUAAAGAGGGAGAUCGCCUAAUUGGACGUGUUAUUCUCAACAAGAGAACAACCAUGCCAAAGGACUCUGGUGCAUUACUGGGACUGAAAGUUGUAGGAGGAAAAAUGACUGAUUUAGGACGACUUGGUGCCUUCAUUACUAAAGUAAAGAAAGGUAGCUUGGCUGAUGUGGUAGGACAUCUCAGAGCAGGUGAUGAGGUUCUAGAAUGGAAUGGUAAAUCCCUUCCAGGAGCUACAAAUGAAGAAGUUUACAAUAUUAUUUUAGAAUCUAAAUCAGAACCUCAAGUUGAAAUUAUUGUUUCAAGGCCCAUAGGACUCUUUCACCGGUUUCAUUCAGCAAAUUCCUUCAGGCGUGUAUAUAAACCCUUCUAUGACAUUCCAAGGAUUCCCGAGACUUCUCAUCCUCCACUGGAGUCGACUAAGGAAAAUAGGAUAAAAAGGGAAGGUUCUAGCUCAUUUGAAUCUCAAAAAAUGGAGCGACCAUCAAUUUCUGUUAUUUCCCCUACGAGCCCUGGAGCCCUAAAAGAUGCACCACAAGUCCUACCUGGUCAACUUUCUGUUAAGCUAUGGUAUGACAAGGUGGGACAUCAGUUAAUAGUGAAUGUUCUUCAAGCAACAGAUCUGCCACCUAGAAUAGAUGGACGACCAAGGAAUCCUUAUGUGAAAAUGUAUUUCCUUCCAGAUAGAAGUGAUAAAAGUAAAAGGAGGACCAAAACAGUAAAGAAAAGUUUAGAGCCAAAAUGGAACCAAACAUUUCUCUAUUCCCAUGUACACCGUAGAGAUUUUAGAGAACGGAUGUUAGAAAUCACUGUCUGGGAUCAGCCAAGAGUUCAAGAAGAAGAAAGUGACUUUCUUGGAGAGAUCCUUAUUGAGCUGGAGACAGCACUUUUAGAUGAUGAACCACAUUGGUAUAAGCUGCAGACACAUGAUGAAUCCUCACUACCUCUGCCUCAGCCAUCACCUUUCAUGCCCAGGAGACAUGCCCACGGUGGAGAAAACUCUAGCAAAAAAUUGCAAAGAUCUCAGCGAAUCAGUGAUAGUGACAUCUCAGAUUAUGAUGUUGAUGAUGGUAUUGGAGUAGUUCCUUCAGUAGGCUAUAGGUCUGGCACUAGAGAAAGUAAAACUACAACAUUAACUGUGCCAGAACAGCAAAGAGCAACCCAUCAUCGUUCACGAUCUGUAUCUCCUCACCGUGGUGACGAUCAGGGCAGGACCCGUUCUCAUUUACCACAUGUGCCAUUACAGAGGAGUUUAGAUGAAAUUCAUCAAAUGAGAAGAUCGCGUUCUCCAACUAGACACCAUGAUGCCUCCCGAAGCCCAAUUGACCGCAGGUCCAGAGAUGUGGAUAGUCUAUAUUUGUCAGAUCAAGAAAGUGAGCUUCUUAUGCUGCCCAGGGCAAAACGAGGAAGAAGUGCAGAGUGCCUACAUACCACCAGAAAUUCUGUUAAGCACUGUAAAACAUUACCACCCAAGAUGCCUUUGUUAGAGAAUGGCACUUACUGGAAUAUUUACAGCUCAACUCUGCCUGCAUGUGUUAAGGCCAAAUCAGUGCUUAAUCAGGAUAUUUCACUUCUUCGUAAUUGCCUUAACUCACGAAUACCAAGAUUUACAGAUGAACUAUUAUGGGUUAGUGAACUGCAGCCCUCGCUUGACAGGGUUAGGAGUGCUAGUACCAACUGCUUGAGACCUGAUACUAGUUUGCAUUCACCAGAACAAGAAAGAGGUAGAUGGUUCCCCUCACUAGAUAGGAGACGAUCCACUAGCCCCCGGAUUCAUAUCCAACAUGCAUCUCCGGAGGAUGACAGAACAACAGCGAUGGAGUCUUGCAUUCCAAAACAAGACUGUUUAAACCACCUAAGUGCUAAUCCGGAAACAACACAGAGGCAGUCCAGGAAAGUGGAAAGAUAUAGCACCCAAAAACAAACUAGGAAAGGCUCUGCAUCAGAAACAGAAAGAAUGCAUCAACCAGGAAGUCCCCUGCAGUCCUCUUCAGCAGACACGCCCUUCAGCAGUCGUAGGGGGCGGCAGCUUCCCCAAGUUCCUGUCAGGAGCAGCAGUACAGAGCAAGAACAAGAGAAUUAUAGCACUUCAUCGAAAGCAAAUUUAGUAGUGGAAGAACGAACAAGACAGAUGAAAAUGAAAAUGCACCGUUAUAAUCAGACAACAGGGUCUGGUUCUAGUCAAGAACUUGAACGUGAGCAAUAUACCAAGUAUAACAUACAAACAGAUCAGUACAGAAGUUGUGAUAACGUCUCUGCCAAAUCAUCAGAUAGUGAUGUCAGUGAUGUGUCAGCCAUUUCCCGUACCAGCAGUGCCUCACGUCUCAGCAGCACAAGCUUUAUGUCAGAGCAAUCUGAGCGCCCUAGGGGCAGAAUCAGUACGUUUACUCCUAAAAUGCAAGGCAGACGGAUGGGGACUUCAGGGAGAAUUAUCACAAAGAGCACAAGUGUGAGUGGAGAGGUGUAUAAACUGGAACACAAUGAUGGGAGUCAAUCAGACACUGCGGUUGGUACAGUUGGAACAGGUGGGAAGAAAAGACGAUCAAGCCUUAGUGCCAAAGUGGUUGCCAUGGUAUCUCGAAGAAGCAGAAGCACAUCCCAGCUUAGCCAAACAGAGACAGGCAACAAGAAGCUAAAAAGCACGAUCCAGAGAAGCACAGAAACAGGUAUGGCAGCAGAAAUGAGAAGUCGUAUGGUUCGGCAGCCAAGUCGGGAGUCAACUGAUGGCAGCAUCAACAGUUACAGCUCUGAGGGAAACCUAAUAUUUCCAGGAGUUCGACUAGGUGCUGACAGUCAGUUCAGUGAUUUCCUUGAUGGGCUCGGACCUGCACAGCUAGUAGGUCGACAGACCUUAGCAACUCCUGCCAUGGGUGACAUUCAGAUUGGAAUGGUGGAUAAAAAAGGCCAGUUAGAAGUAGAAGUCAUUAGAGCGCGAGGCCUCACACAAAAGCCUGGUUCUAAAUCUACCCCAGCUCCAUAUGUCAAAGUUUAUAUGUUGGAAAAUGGGGCUUGCGUAGCCAAAAAGAAGACAAGGAUUGCAAGGAAAACCCUAGAUCCUUUAUACCAACAGACAUUAGUUUUUGAUGAAAGUCCGCAGGGUAAAGUCCUUCAGGUGAUAGUUUGGGGAGACUAUGGCCGGAUGGAUCACAAAUGCUUCAUGGGAGUUGCACAGAUCCUGCUGGAAGAACUUGAUUUGUCCAGUGUUGUAAUAGGCUGGUAUAAAUUAUUUCCACCAUCCUCCCUGGUGGAUCCUACAUUGACUCCUCUGACUCGCAGGGCUUCCCAGUCAUCUCUGGAAAGUUCUACUGGGCCUCCCUGCAUUCGAUCUUAGUAUAAACAAAACAGCAGGUGCUCUCCAACAAAGCCCUUAUCAUCCAGGAUAACAACGGAGAAAAAAGCUAUUUACAACAAUGAGGAGCAUUUUUUUGAAAAAGACAAUCAUUUCAAUUUUGCCCAUAGCAGUUUAUCCAAACAUAUGUCUGUUAAAAGGUGGCUUAAAUUGACCGAACAAAGCAGUAUAUCAAAAUACAAUCCAUCUGGCAAAAAAUCCCUGAUGUUUACAAUUGUAAUGAGGAGGGAUCUUUUAGAUUAAACUGGAAAUGCUCACUCUUCUUUCUUUUUUUUUUAACAGAGACCAUAAACAGUGUUAACUUCCUAGUGUUCCUGUACAUGUUAUUUCCACUUAUUUUUGCUGUGUUAUUCCGCCAUUUUGAUAAAAGUCUUCAUUGUGCUAACAGAGACCCUUCUUUUCUUUUUCUAAGUUGAACCAAAAAGGGCUGAAGUACAUCUCUGUAAGCAUCUCCAAAAGUGUUCACUUGCCAGAAAUGCCAUAUGAUAAUGCCAACAAUAUAUUCAUUGCUCCUCAGUUCUGGUUCUCCAUAACAUAUGUGGAAAGCCAGAAUAAAUGACCAACCUGUAAUUUAAUGUAUUCUUUUUAUUAGAGUUUUUCAUCAUUAUUCAGUGUAAAAAAAACAAAUAUAUUUGCAUUGUACAUUAUUUCUUAUGUUUUAUGAAUAUUUUGCAUGAGGGAGAUUUGCAGCUACAACUAAUGCAGGAGACUUGAUUUUAAAAAAAGCAGCUUUGGUUUUCACAUGGACAU